AUGGAAAAGAAGGAUAGCGAUACCAUAAUUUACAUUGAAAAAGAACUCGAUGAAUCAACGCACUUAUUUGACAAAAUUAACAUUUCAUCAGACCAGCCCUGUCUGGAGUGGCCUGAAUGUUGUAUCUACAAGGUUCCCAAGAAACUACGCAAGAUAAGUGAAGAAGCCUACACUCCGAAGUUGAUCUCAAUAGGCCCCUUUCAUCAUGGUGGAAAUGAAUUCGAGGAUAUGGAAAAGCACAAAGUGAGAUGUUUUACGGAUUUCUUGAAACGAACAGGGAAGAGCAUGGAGGAUCUUCUGGAGAUCAUUAAAGUCGAUGAAGAAAAAAUUAGCCAUUGCUAUUCAGAAGAAAAAAUAAGUCAUUGUUAUUCAGAAGAUUGUAUACUCGGAAGUGAUGAUCAUUUUGUGAAAAUGAUUCUAUUGGAUACCAUCUUUAUAAUUGAGCUCUUCUUAAAGGUUCAAGACAACGAAGAAAGAGAAAAAGAAAAAGAUUAUAUUCUACGUAAACCAUGGCUGUUAACUGGUAUAACACAUGACUUGAUAUUACUUGAGAAUCAAGUUCCUUACUUUAUUCUUGAGAAAUUAUAUAAGUUCGCCCUCAAUGACUCUCCCAGUGCCAACCAUGGUGAAGAAGGCGGCAAGCAAAUUGUGAAACAGGAUGCUCCCAACUUUCUUAUGCUUUCCCGCAAUUUCUUUGAACCUUAUGAUAAGCAUAAAGACUCCAUCAUCGACACAGAAGUAAAACAUUUCACAGAUUUGCUAAGAUACUUUUUAUGUUCAGGCAUGAUUAUGAAACCUAACAAAGGUCAUCUGGAUAGUCGAAUUUGUGCCACAAAGCUUGAGGACGCAGGAUUGAAAUUCAAAGUCGUAGGUAAAAAUGAUAGACGCUUACUGCUGGAUAUAAAAUUCGUUAUGGAUCCAUGCUUGAAAAACUUUCCAUGCUUCAAUUCGUCAUGGCUCUUGGCUUGCUUACCAUGCUUGAAAAUGUUUCCGAGGUUGGAGCGUAUGCAACCUAUCCUGGAAGUCCCACCCAUUGUGAUUGACGACAAUACUGAAGUUCUUUUCCGAAACCUCAUCGCCCUAGAGCAGUGUCAUUAUCCACUUCAACCUUACAUCUGCAAUUAUGCUGACCUAUUGGACAAUCUAAUCGACAAUGAAAAAGAUGUGGAUUUGCUCGUGGAGAAAAAGAUCAUUGUUAACAAUAUCGGUAGCAACCAAAGAGUGGCGGAACUAGUUAACAGACUUUGCCUUGAGAUUGUGGUACAUGAUGAUCAAUCUUGUUACUCCGAUAUAGGACAAGAACUUAAUACAUACAGUGACAACCAUUGGAACCGCAUCAUGGCAGGCAUGAAAAGCAAGUUUUUCUGUGAUUUUUGGAGAGGCGCUGCAACAACAUUUGCAAUUUUUUUCACGCUUGACCAGUUAUGGGGUUUGGUUCGGCCUUUUGUGAUAAACAAAUAA